AUGCCGAAAGCAGCUCGCGUGCUAUACUGGUUCCGCACCGAUUUGCGGCUGCACGACUCGCCCGCUCUCCAAGCCGCACUCGACCUCAGUCCUGCCGCGCUCUUCCCCGUGUGGUGUUGGGACCCGAACUACGUCUACAAGCACCGCGUCGGGAUCAAUCGCUUCCGCUUCCUGCUCGAAUCGAUAAACGCGCUGUCGCAAACCAUCACCUCGACACAAGCCAAUUCGCAGCUGCUCGUGGUUCGAGGCGAGCCCACGGAGCUGCUGCCCGAGCUGUGGAAGCGAUGGAGCAUCACGCACCUCGUCAUCGAAAAGGAUCCCUCUGCGUACGGCCGACGACGCGAUAAGCUGAUCCUGGAAGCUGCCAAGAAGAUCAACGUCGAGGUGGUGGCGGUUCAGGGACAUCAUUUGUACGAUCCAGAGGAGGUGGUGAAGCGCAACAAGGGCAAGCCGACCAUGUCGAUGAGCACGCUCCAGAAAAUCGUCGCCGAUUUGGGCGAUGUGCCGAAACCCAUCGAUGCACCCAAAGACCUGCCCUUGCCGCUGCUGAAGGAUUCCAAGUCGAAAUCGCUCAAAGACACGCUCUCCGAACUAGCAAAAUCGCUCGACGGCCUUCCCCACUACACUGGCAAGGGCCGCGAAGGUCCCGCCUCGGUUGACCUCAACUCCACCGAGCUGGGCGGGCAGCGAGACAAGAAAGUCACCUGCUACGACACCGUCAACGGCGAAGCGUGCGAGCUAUUUAGCGUGCCCACGCUAGCUUCGCUCGGUAUGGACGCCAGCAAAGUGCGCGACACCAUCAAGGGUGGUGAACCGUUGGCGCUGGAAAAGCUCGCCAAGAUCUGCAAGGACGCCGAAUACGUCGCCACCUUCGCCAAGCCCAAAACCUCGCCCGGGCAAUCGGCCAAGGACCCUUCGACGACGCUCAUGUCACCCUAUCUCAAGUUCGGCUGUUUGAGCGUGCGCAAGUUUUGGUGGGACGUGGAGGAGGCCAAGAAGAAGUACAAGGGCGGGAGCAAGUCGGGUCCACCGGAGAACCUGAAUGGCCAACUGCUGUUCCGCGACAUGUAUGCGUGUGCGGAGCAUGCGAUCGGGGACGAUUACCAGCGCGUAAGGGGCAACGAGGUGUGUCGGUACAUGGACUGGUACCUGCCGACGCACUACGACAAGAACGGCGAGGUGGUGCUGCCGCGCCCCGCAGGCGAUGCGGUGAGUGAGGCGCGUCUGUCGGCGUACAAGCUCGGCCAGACGGGUUUCCCUUGGAUCGACGCGCUGAUGCGCCAGCUGCGUCUAGAAGGAUGGAUGCAUCACUUGGGCCGACAUUCGGUCGCGGCGUUUCUCACCCGGGGUCAGUGCUGGAUCUCAUGGGAGCGCGGUGCCGAGAUCUUUGACGAGUACCUCAUCGACUGGGACCCAUGCAGCAACCCGGGCAACUGGAUGUGGCUCUCUUGCUCGGCCUUCUUCAGCCAGUACUUCCGCCUGUACGGCCUCGCCACGUUUCCUGCCAAGUACGACAAAACAGGCGCGCUGGUGCGUAAGUACUGCCCCGAACUCGCCAAGUUUCCGGACAAGUACAUCUACGAGCCAUUCAACGCGCCCAAGGAUGUACAGCAGAAGGCAGGCUGCAUCAUCGGCAAGGAUUACCCGUUCCCCAUGCUCGAUGAAAAGGAAGCCAAGGGGGAGAACAUGCAACGCAUGAAGAUCUGCUACCAGGCCAACCUGCACGGCACGAGCAAGGAGGUGCUCGAAGGAACGGCCGACGAGAUGCUGAGGAAGAAGCAUGGAUUCAAGGAUGCGCCCAAAGAGUUUGAUUGGCAAAAUCGACCUGGUGCAAAGAUUCCGAAUUGGGCGAAGGCACCAAAGGGUGAGGAGCACACGACGGAGGGUGCACCGGAUGCGGGUCAUGGUGCAUCGACCAAGGAGAAAAAUGACGACGGUGAUGAUUCGGACGAUGCAGUGUACGAGCAAGAGCAAGAGCAAAAGGAAGAACGCGACGGUAAGAAACGCAAGGCAUCCACAUCCGCCAAGGAGGAGAACGGAAAGAACAAGAAGAAAAAGUAG